GCUGCGACAACUACCGUCUCUUUAACUUUCUAUUCUUUACUAAACUUCAAAACACAAUCUAUUGAACAUUCUAAAUCGUCGCUGAACUUUCAAGCCAAUUUCUAUUCAUGCCAUCUGAUGAAAUCCCCUGCAUCCCUGGGAAGAAGGAUGAUCCGAAACAAAUUGGUGCAUGGAAAAUGGGGAGGACGAUUGGGAGAGGUUCUUCCGGAAGGGUCAAACUGGCGAGACACGCCAAAAGUGGACAAAUGGCAGCAGUCAAGAUUGUCUCAAAGAGCUUUCUGUAUUCUCGUACUGAAUCUCUAGAUGAAGCCGCAUCUGAAGCCGAGUACAAGGAGCUCUCCCUGCAAAGAGAAAUCAUCGUCAUGAAACUCAUCGAGCAUCCUAAUGUUAUGCGGCUCUAUGAUGUUUGGGACCUUCCUGAUGAAAUUUAUCUCAUACUGGAGUAUGUUCAAGGCGGUGAACUCUUCGACUAUCUAUGUGAGAAAGGCCGACUUCCUGUCUCAGAAGCGUUAUCCUAUUUCCAGCAAAUCAUACACGCUGUUGACUAUUGUCAUCGCUUCAAUAUCGCUCACAGAGACCUCAAACCCGAAAACAUUCUCCUCGAUACCGACCUUAACAUCAAGAUUGCAGAUUUUGGUAUGGCGAUCUUUCAGUCGGACGCCAUGCUCCGUACCUCUUGUGGGAGCCCACACUACGCUGCCCCUGAAGUCGUUUCUGGUGGGUCUUAUGAUGGUACUAAGGCGGAUAUUUGGUCGUGCGGUAUUAUUCUACAUGCCCUUCUAGUUGGUCGGCUACCUUUCGAUGACGAAGAUUGUGAAGUUCUACUGCAGAAGGUCGGACAGGGAAAGUUCGAGAUGCCCAGGGAUAUACCGCCUCUCGCUCAAGAUCUUCUACGAAGAAUGCUCACCAAGGAUGUCAGAAGACGUAUCAACAUGACUCAGAUCCAAGCCCAUCCCUUCUUCACCUCCCAACAACCUAAAUUAUCCCCGCAGCGCAUGCCCGAUCUGGAAUUCAUUGCUCAGCCCUUGGGAUCUUCGGACGAUAUAGAUCCAGAGAUCUUCAACAAUCUUCGUACCUUCUGGAAGGACACCUCAGAAGAAAGUCUCAUGUUCAGUCUCAGGAGUUCGGAGCAAAACUGGCAAAAGGGGAUUUAUUAUCUGCUCUCUGAGUACCGUAGGAAACGCUUAGAGGACUUUGACCAGCGCAAGGAAAUCGCCCGAAAUGAACGACUUCACCGUAGAAAAACGCGGGCAGCCAAACGCGUUGCGGAGAAGAGGAUUACUUCUGAGCAGGAACAUGAAGGCGAUGUGAGACCCUCUCCUUCGUCUCUUCCUCCUCGCGAUGGACCCCCCACGCCACGCAGGGCAUCGCGAGAUGGACGAGUGUCUACAUCUUCUAGCAAGUCUACCAUUGGGCGCUAUCCAUUGCAGCCAACACAUGUGGGGUACGGUAUUCAUUCACCUCAGACCAGUAUCAUGUCCCCGAAUCUUGCGCUUAUGAACGAGAUCAUCAGAGAUCGCACAAUGAGGGUCGACCCCAACACUUCGCCUCAUACUCAAGCGGCUUCUCUUGCGCUCGCAGUCAUAGCUGACGUAUUUAACGACAACUCUGAAGAUCCCACCAAACCGUUGACCAUUCGACGCAAGGAUCGCCCCGAGCGUCCAACCAUCGACACCGAUCUUAUCGAUCCCGCUGACAAAGAAAAUGUGGAUGGUAGUUUCUUAAUCGUGGACAUCGACAAAGACUCCCCCAAAAGGACGUCAUCUUUACGCGACCAGCCACAGAAACACGUUCACCUUGUCGAAGCCAGCGUCCAACCACGUAGACGGCGAUCUAGGCUAAAGAAACGACGAGGUUCACGUUUCUCUUCAUCAGGCGAGGAAUCUAAUUGCUCCUCGUCGCCAUCACCAACGACAAGUCCCUUCACUUACACCACAGAUUCACCCCCUUCCCCUGGUUUUCCUGCUUAUCCGCGAACGAAGUGGUUUGCAAAUGUGUUCAGGUUCAGGCCGCUUUCGUACACCCUAAUGUCGACUCACAAUAUGUAUACAACGAGGAAUGAUUGUAGGCGACUGCUUAUGGAUAUGGACGUUCGUGUUAUCCUGGAGGAUUCUGAACGAUUAGGUGUUUUGAGGUGUAGGAUGGAUGAGAGUAAUGAUCCUGCUGGGGAACUGUUGAAGGCGACCAAAUUCAGGGUGGAGUUGCGGGAAGGCGAUACAGGUCAGGGCGAUAACGUGGGCCUGGUGUUGGUUCACGAAGGAGGGUCGAUCGAUCGCUUUAAGAAAAUCUACGAAAGGCUGAAACGGGAUUGGCUUUUGGAUGUUGUUGGGAGUAAGACGCCCGAGCAAGUAGCAGAACAUCUCGUUGGGAAGGGAGAAGCACGGUUUCUUACGAUAGCGAUAUGA